AUGUCACGCGCUGCUGGCCGCUGGGCCGUGUGUGCUGCUGGGCCGUGUGUGCUGCUGGGCCGUCUGUGCUGCUGGGCCGUCUGUGCUGCUGGGCCGUGUGUGCUACUGACGCCGGGCCAUUUGCUGCUGGGCUAUGUGCGCUACUGGGACGUGUGUUGGGUUACGCCUGUGCGCUCUCGUGGCGUGUGGCUCAAGUGGCCGAGGGUUUGGACGAGUAUGACAGGCGCUGCUGGCCGCUGGGCCGUGUGUGCUGCUGGGCCGUGUGUGCUGCUGGGCCGUCUGUGCUGCUGGGCCGUCUGUGCUGCUGGGCCGUGUGUGCUACUGACGCCGGGCCAUUUGCUGCUGGGCUAUGUGCGCUACUGGGACGUGUGUUGGGUUACGCCUGUGCGCUCUCGUGGCGUGUGGCUCAAGUGGCCGAGGGUUUGGACGACUCGUGAGGUUGAGCGCCAGGCCUUCGGGCCUGGAGGAUCGGGUUCAAACCCCGACAUGGGCAUCAAGCGCAUUGUGCUUCUAGCCCAAGUAGCUCUCCGGUUUUGCGUUAACUGCGUCACGAAUAAUGACAAGAACCAGGGGGUCGCUUGGGGAUUGUUCUUCCCUGACGAUUUCCAGAAAAUAUGGGUGGAGUGCCAUAAGUAUCGCAAGGUUGUGGCAUUCACCGUGACGCUGAUUCUGAAUUGCGUCAAUUCAAGCAUCACUGGAUCCGAGGAUCUUGCUGCUCGUCGUGUUGAUUUGGUCUGCGCUCGUAACUUGGUAAUUACAAUUCUUCACCGCUGUAUGGUGAAACCAGCCAAAUCGAUGAACACUGAUGAGCCGACGCAAAGUGGUCCUCGCAUUGACGACCAGGGCCCAGCGUUCGAGUUGAUUUGUACUCUUUUCGGAGUACUUUUCCGUGAUGGCCGGAUCAAAGAUCUGUACAACGCUGUGGGCGCUCACAUGCUAAGCAAGCUCUGGUCUCGAGUUACUCCGGAACAACUGACGAUGUGGGCAGUGUCUUCCACAAAGACGGCUGCAGCCGGUGCUACCCAAGAAGGAACCGGCAAGAAUCUCCCGCUCCCUGAUGGAACUUUCGAGUAUGAAGAAGGGUGGAUCGAGCUGGAAAACGAGGCCAAGCUGAUGGAUCUCGACGUGCUUGGAGAACUGACUGUGGGUCACAACAAACUCGACGCGGAUGUCGCCCGCGAGCUACUACUUUCACUGCUGCAAGAGCUUCAACGAGUUUGGGAGCUUGGCCGCCAGAACCCAACGUCAAGGAAUACACGCGCGGCGGGUACAACUUCCCACCUGGACCUCGUACGCGAACAGGGCUACUUGCCUUUGUUCCUCAACCACUGCAACAUCGACGAGACGAACCCCAUGAUUCGCGAGAGGUCCUUGGUGGCGCUGUGCAACCUGUGCGAGGGGAACGAAGCCAACCAGUCCUACACCAAUGCCCUUCGGCCACAAGGCAUGGAUGCUAUCUCAAAUGCGGUACUUGAAAAGGCAAAAAUGUGUGCUGAUAUCAGCGAAGGUGGCAAGGUCACAUUGAAAAAGGAGGACGAGUAG